AAAAAUUGAGGAGUGUCCAUUUAUUUGUAUCUUCUGACGACAGCAAACAAACAUCCACCGACUUCGAGUUAAAAGAAGGAAGGCAACAGAAAUGUCGAUACUUUUGAUCGUUAAAUUUCUGACAUGCUGUGCUCUAAUCGCCAUUUUCCCUACAGGUUGCGAAUCCCAGAAUUGUUCGUUAUCCGAGAAGCUAAAAUGUGACGGGGACUAUCAACAGAAAGCGACAGGGCACGUGUUUUCUUGCAGCGCCGCGGAGGACUACCUAAACUGUUUGGACAAAGUUCAUACUGCAUGUGAAUCCUAUCCUAAUGUUAUGAAUUCUAAUCUGGUGAAAAACCAAGCUGGAACCACUAUAGAUGAAAUGGAGAACAACAGGAAGAGAUAUGGAUGCAUACAAGUCCUUGUUAGUGGUACCGGAGGACCAGAAACUGGCAAACUCACAUUUACUGUAGGAUUGUUGCUCUCUUUGUUAAUUAUGAAGACAACUGCUUUACUGUAACAAUUGCUUUCGAAUUAUUGGUAUUAUUUGAGCUUGAGAUAACACUUAAGUAAUUCUUAUGUAGUACAACUUCAAAGGGACUUCUUAGAAGAGUUACUGAAAUGUUUUCAUUGUUUGUUUGAAAGACAUUUUCUGACAAUAAAAAAAAUAAUCUUUAUGUAUAUUACUUUAUGAUCAUUUUUCUUUGCUAUAUGAUUUGAAAACUGUCACUUUUUACCAUCGAUAGUAUAUCUAAAUAAUUUUUUUUAACGUUUCUCGGGUCAAAUAUUUAUGUUUCUCAGCUUCUUUAUGUGUGUCAGUCUUACAUCGAUAAUUGAAUUACGUAUACCAAUCGUACAAAAUUAAUGCACUUUUAAAUGUUUAAUUUAGCUUUCGAAAUAAAGUAA